AUGGGCUAUAUCACGCAUGUGGAAGAGGUGAACUACCGCAAACGUCCUAUUCCAGACGCGUGGAUGUCGUCGGGCAGCGUAAAGCUACUCGGACUGUUGUCAGAUGAGACGCAGCGCAUCGCACUCCAGCGCAUUGUCGGCUUGUAUGAGCGCGCUAUCGCUGUCUUUCCGUCUUCAUAUAAGCUAUGGCAUCGAUACUUGAAUGCACGGUCGCGAUUUGUUGCUGGACAUCCAAGAGAUGAUGAAGAGGGUUAUCGUCACAGAUACCUUCACGCAUCCCAUGGGUUAAUCGAAACAGGCCCAGAACUCUUGGAAGAGAGGUUGCGCGAGGAAAAGCAAGAGGUUUGGGAUUUUGCCCUCGAUGGAACAAUCGGCUGGCAAGAAUGGCGAAGCUUGGCAGCUGCCUAUGAACGGGCUCUUCUCUGUCUUCCAAUGAUGCCGCGCAUUUGGCUUGACUACCUGAGCUUGUUUGUGCAUCCUAACUGCUCGCCGAUUCUUGCUCGCACACACGCUCGUCGCACAUUCGACCGAGCACUUCGCACAUUACCUGGCUCUCAACACCCUCGUGUAUGGAAGUUAUACUUGAGAUGGGCCGAGCUAUGUGGCGGAGAGUUGGCUCGUCGUAUUUGGCGGCGGUACCUACAUGUGGAUGCUACGCUAUCGGAGUCCUUUGCAAAACUGCUAGUCGAUCAAUCAGAAGAACCUAGACUGGCAGAUGGGCUUUCAAUGAGUAUGCUUCUCGUGAAAGAGAACAUCACCGACGAUGCGUCUCGAGAAGAGGACGAAGACGAGAAUGAAGAUGGGGAUGAUGACGAGCUGAGCCCCACGAUGCAACAACGAAUUCUGGAGGCAUCCAAAAUGUACCUGAAAUUGGCUCGUGAAUCUUAUCUUGGAACUUAUACUAGUCCCGAGGGAAAAAGUUCUUACCAUUUGAUGCUUCAGUGGUUGGAGCUCACUGAGCGUUACCCAGAAGUAAUUGGCCUCACCUUGGAACAAGAGAAAAAGCUCCCUCAAAGAGAUUCGGAGGUACCUGCUCCUUCCCAGGAAACGGACUUGCGUGACCCUACCCGCCUGCCGGUCUCACAAAUCAUCCAUAUGGAUGGAUUGGCUCACUUCCCAGACCAGGCAGGUCGUUUGUGGUCCGGUCUUGCGACCUACUAUAUCAAACGUGGUGAUUUUCAAACAGCGCAAGAAACGUUUGAGAAGGGUAUGGUGUCAGUUCUUACUGUGCGCGACUUUACGCAAAUAUUUGAUGCUUAUGCGGAAACAAGUGAAAAUAUGAUUCAGUUCAUGAUGGAGGAGCUGGAAGAAGAAGAAGCUGAAAGUGAAGAAAAGCAGGCUGAGCAGGAAGCUGAAAUCGAUCGACGAAUGCAUGAAUUUGAGGCAUUGAUGGAACGGCGGCCCUUCUUGGUGAAUGAUGUUCUAUUGCGGCGCAAUCCCGACGACGUUCAGGAAUGGGGAAAGCGUGUAGUGUUGUGGGGCGAUAAUGAUGAAAAAGUCAUUGAAACGUACAAGAAAGCCUUGGAUACGAUCAAUCCGCGAAAAGCAACUGCCAACCUCCAUCAGCUUUAUAUCCGCUUUGCCCAAUUCUACGAAGUAGGAGGCGCAAGAGGCCGUAACCGUUCAGAUCCAGUCGAGCACGAUGUCCCUAGCGCUCGUCAAAUUUUCGAAAAAGCCGUUAAAGUGCCUUAUAAACGUGUGGAUGACCUUGCGGAGGUUUGGUGCAGCUGGGCAGAGAUGGAAAUUCGCAACUCGAAUUACGGGGAAGCAUUGCGUGUGAUGUCUCGCGCAACAAGUGCACCCAGCAGCUAUCAAAAGAUUCGCAGUGUGUCCUAUUAUGAUGAGUCAAUUCCCCCCCAGUCGCGCCUGUUUAAGAGCCUAAAGUUAUGGGCUUUCUAUACCGAGCUAGAAGAGGCGCUGGGUACAAUGGAGAGUGCCAAGAAAGCAUUUGAUCGUAUUAUGGAGCUCAAAAUUGCAAACGCUCAAACUAUCAUUAACUUCGCCUUGUUUCUAGAAGAGCACCAGUAUUAUGAAGAGGCCUUUAAGGUAUACGAACGCGGUGUUGAAUUGUUUACAUACCCCGUUGCUUUUGAACUGUGGAAUGUCUACCUCAGCAAGUUUGUCAAGCGGUAUGGUGGCACCAAGCUCGAGCGGGCGCGUGAUUUGUUCGAACAGGCAUUGGAUAAAUGUCCCCCUCACCUGUGUAAGCCUUUGUACCUCAAGUAUGGACAGCUAGAGGAAGAAUAUGGUCUGGUUCGUAAAGCCAUGAGUAUCUACGAGCGUGGAGCCAAUGCGGUCACUGAAAAGGACCGCUUUGAAAUGUACACGUAUUACAUUGCGAAAGCCACUGCCAACUAUGGGUUGGCAGCUUCGCGUCCCAUUUACGAAGCAGCCAUCGAAGUACUUCCUGAUCGACAAGCAGCAUCGAUGUGUUUGCGCUAUGCUACACUAGAACGAAAGCUGGGAGAAAUUGAGCGGGCCCGUGCGAUUUACGCACAUGCAUCUCAGUUUUGCAAUCCUAAAACGCAGCAAGAAUUUUGGCAAAUUUGGAAUGCGUUUGAGAUUGAGACCGGAACCGAAGAUACGUUCCGUGAUAUGUUACGUAUCAAGCGAUCAGUUCAGGCACAGUACAAUACAGACCGCGCAAAUGUUGCCUCAUCGAUUGUUGCACCGCAAGAAGCACCAAUGACCUCAGAUCCCAUGGCCAUGUUGGAGGCACAAAAUCGCGGUGAAACCUCAGGGAGCGAGAAAGUGGAUGCUCCAACCUUUGUCACAGCUUCACAUGUGUCAAAGCCUCAAGUUAGCACAGUGAACCAAGAGCAAGUUGGUGAUGGCAACGAUGAAGAUUUACUGUAG